AGCUGUUCCAGCCCUCAGACCUCCCAGGACUCCUCCUCCCCCAACUCGGAAUGGCUCGUCGAUUCCGGGGUGCAGCCCUGCUGGUGGCUGCGAUGCUACUGUGCUGCUGGCACUGCAGCUUCGUAAGUCCACAGGGGGCCAGCAGGCGUGAGAUGGCGGCCGGCUUAGCCACUGGGCUGGUUGGUUUGCUGAGCGAAUCUGCUCGCGCAUAUGAUUUGCCAGAUUUGCCCUACGCUUAUGAUGCGCUGGAACCUUCCAUUGACAAAGCGACCAUGGAGUUCCACCAUGACAAGCAUCACCUGACCUACGUGACCAACAUCAACAAGGCAAUGGAAGGAAAGAGUCAGCCACCCCUUGUGGAACUGCAGAAGUCGGCAAUCAAGGACGGGGCUGCCUUCCGUAACAGUGGUGGAGGUGCAUACAACCACAACUUCUUUUGGUUGGAGAUGGCACCUACUGGCAAGGGAGGGAAACCAUCGGAGAAGUUGUCGAAGGCCAUUGACGACUCCUUCGGGUCAAUGGAUGACUUCAAGGCAAAGUUCGAGGCUGCAGGAGCUCCCGGGGCGCGCUUUGGCUCUGGCUGGGUUUGGUUGGUUGUGACUGAUGACAAGAAGCUGGCCAUUACCUCGACCCCCAAUCAGGACAACCCUUUGAUGGAUGGGGUUGAGGGCACGGCAGGCAUCCCAAUCUUGGGCUGCGACGUGUGGGAGCAUGCCUACUACUUGAAGUACCAAUAUCGCCGUCCAGACUACAUCAAGGCCUGGUGGGAUGUGGUCAACUGGGAUCAGGUGAGUGCAUGGUAUGAGGAUGCCUUGGGCGGCAAGGCACCCACCGCGGACUCGGCGACUUCCGCCGCAGCCCUGAGCGGCCGCAAGACCUCAUCGUCUUUCAAUUUGAAGUUGGGCUUUGAAGCCAACGCAAAGUAUGGAUCCUGAAGGUCUUUGAGCAGCUUUGCGAAGUAUGGAUCUGGUACCACACCAGAAUAGGCUUUUAUGAGCUGAGACCCAUUAGCAAGUGUGCUUGAGGCUG